AUGCGCGUCUCUUCGCGCGACGAGUCCGACAAGGACGCCGCCGGCUCGCCCAAGGGCGAGAAGCUCGGCUCCGAGAAGCACCACCACGACGGCCUCGCCAACGAGGGCCUCUCGCCCGACAUCCUCGGCAAGCGCCUCGAUGCCAUCGGCGUCAACAGCGUCUACGAGCGCAAGGUCUACAUUCUCAACCGCGUGAUGGAUGAGCACAUUGGCAUGGGCAAGUUCCAGUGGCAGCUCUUCCUUUUGUCGGGCUUCGGCUGGUUCGUCGACAACAUGUGGCUGCAGGGCGUCGCCAUCAUCCUGCCGCGUGUGCGCGCCGAGUUCGGCAGCAGCACGCCCGUGUCGUGGAUGACGUUUGGCCUCUACGUCGGCCUCAUCAUCGGCGCCGCCGGCUGGGGCGUGCUCGCCGACAUCAUCGGCCGCCGCCCGGCCUUCAACGCCACGCUCUUCCUCGCCGGUGUGUUCGGCAUCGCCGCCGGCGCCGCGCCCAGCUACGUCGGCCUCGGCGGCCUGCUCGCCGCGCUCGGAGUCGGCCUCGGCGGCAACCUGCCCGUCGACGGCAUGCUCUUCCUCGAGUUCAUCCCCGGCAACAAGCAGUACCUGCUCACGCUGCUCUCCGUCUUCUGGUCGCUCGGCCAGCUCUUUGCCUCGCUCAUCGCCUGGGCCUUCAUUGCCAACUACUCGUGCGAGGGCGACAACAGCAACAUUGCCGAGUUCGGCCCGUGCGUCGGCAACAACGCCGGCUGGCGCUACACGUUCUACACGCUCGGCGCCGUGACGUUUGCCAUGUUCUUUGCGCGCUUCGCCAUCUUCCAGCUGCCCGAGUCGCCCAAGUUCCUCCUCUCCGAGGGCCGCGACGCCGAGGCUGUCGCCGUCGUCAAGGAGAUUGCCGCGCGCAACGGCCGCCCGCUGGAUGACGACAUCCUCUCGGUUGCCAUUCUGCGCUCCGCCGCGGGCGAGGACGAGUCGAUGGACGCCAACAACGAGGUCGUGGCCCACGAGAAGCGCGGCCUUGCUGGCAUCGUCGACAUGCCUAAGCAGCUCUUCAACGCCAUGCGCCGCAUCCGUCCCUCGACGUUCAAGCCCGACCUUCGCCUCGUGCGCCCGCUCUUCAGCAGCCCCAAGGUCGCGUACAACACGUCGAUCAUCUUCAUCCUCUGGGCGUUCAUCGGCCUCGCCUACCCGCUGUACAACGCCUUCCUGCCGCUCUUCCUCGAGCGCCGCGGCACGACGACGGGUGCAAGCGACGUCAACACGGUCUACUCGCAGUACGCCUACAUCUCCAUCUGCGGUGUGCCCGGCUCGAUCAUCGCCGCGUUCAUGGUCGACAUCCCGCGCUCGGGUCGCCGUGGUGCAAUGGCAAUUGGCACGCUGCUCACCGGCGUCUUCGUCUUUGUCUCCACGGCUGCGCCCAACACCGGCGCCUUCCUCACGUUCCUCUGCCUCGAGGCGCUCUUCCAGAACAUCAUGUACGGCGUGCUCUACGCAUACACGCCCGAGAGCUUCCCGGCACCCGUCCGUGGCACCGGAGACGGCAUCGCGUCCAGUUUGAACCGUGUGUUCGGCCUCAUGGCUCCGAUCAUCAACAUCUACGGCGGGGCGUCGAACAUCAACGCUCCGCUCUACACCAGUGGCGCGCUCUUCAUCGUCUGCGCUCUCCUCAUGCUCACUCUUCGUAUCGAGAGCCAGGGCAAGUCGGCACUUUAA